AUGGCGUUUCCAGCAGUGCAACGAGGCUUCUGCACGACGAUUAAGCUCAAGGAGACGGUGCUUGGGAAGGAUCACUUAGACACGCUCACCAGCAUGAACAACCUCGCAAUCGCGCUUAAGGAGCAGGGAAAGUACGCCGAGGCCGCAGCGAUGCACCUGAAGACGAUGCAGCUUAGGGAGAUGAUGCUCGGGAAGGAUCACCCAGACACGCUCGGCGGCAUGAACAACCUCACAGUAGCGCUUGAGAAGCAGGAAAAGUACGCGGAGGCCGAGGCGAUGCACCAGCAGACGCUGAAGCUCAGGGAGACAGUGCUAGGGAAGGAUCACCCAGACACGCUCACCAGUAUGAACAACCUCGCAAUAUUGCUUCGCCUGCAGGGAAAGUACGCGGAGGCUGAAGCGAUGCACCGGCAGACGCUGCAGCUCAGGGAGACAGUGCUCGGAAAGGAUCACCCAGACACGCUCGACAGCAUGAACAACCUCGCAGUAACGCUUGAGAAGCAGGGAAAGUACACAGAGGCCGAAGCGAUGCACCUGCAGACGAUGCAUCUCAUAGAGGCGGCGCUCGGGAAGGAUCACCCAGAUACUCUCACCAGCAUGAACAACCUCGCAGUAACGCUUGAGAAGCAGGGAAAGGAGACGGUGCUCGGGAAGGAUCACUCAGACACGCUCGGCAGCAUGAACAACCUCGCAGUAGCGCUUGAGGAGCAGGGGAAGUACGCGGAGGCCGAGGCGAUGCACCAACGGGCUUUAUAG